CAUUUUUCUGCUCUAAUAUCGUCGCUGUCAGCCGUCUACAUUAGAGCUCGAGAUCUCCUCUUGGGGCAUACGUAGUUGUAGUCCAUAUUCGGGAGGUCUGCCCUAGCUAAAAGACCAGUGUUCGACGGGAAUAACUACUCUACCCAGAAACCCCAUCUCUCAGCCACAAACUGGCUUCUUGAGCUUCGGCAGUGUUUCACAUUUAAACAAACACAGUGCUGAAGAUGGCGGAGAGUUAAUAGCGAAAAGAAGAAGAUAUUGGUGCGCUCACAGAGAUACAUCUAUUUGACACCAGCGUAGAAGACCAGUAGAACAGUCCAGAAUAGGACCAUUGUCUCCAGGGGAGAAAUCGUCUCGUCCACUCCAGGCUCCGUCACAAGGUGCUGAUAUGUGUACACGAUGAGCGGACUGGGGGACAACUCCAUGGAGCCUCUGAGCUCGGAAAACCGAAAACGCAAGCUCUCCACCUGCGACACGCCUGGUCUUGGGUGUGAGCGAAGGCGGCGGGAGCAGGAGAGUAAAUACAUUGAGGAGCUGGCCGAACUGAUCUCUGCCAAUCUCAGUGACAUCGACAGCUUCAACGUCAAGCCAGACAAGUGUGCUAUCCUCAAGGAGACGGUGCGGCAGAUCAGACAGAUCAAGGAGCAGGGCAAAGCGUCCUCCAACGAUGACGAUGUCCAGAAGUCAGAUGUGUCCUCCACGGGACAGGGGGUCAUCGACAAGGACCACCUGGGACCGCUCCUGCUGCAGGCCCUGGAUGGCUUUUUAUUUGUGGUGAACCGGGAGGGCAGCAUAGUGUUUGUGUCUGACAACGUGACCCAGUACCUGCAGUACAAACAGGAGGAGCUCAUCAACACCUCCGUCUACAACAUCCUCCAUGAGGACGACAGGGAAGAGUUCCACAAGAACCUGCCCAAGACCAACGGGAAUGGGGUGUCCUGGGGGGGGGAGGCGCCCCGGCAGAAGAGCCACACCUUCACCUGCCGCAUGCUGGUUAAGUUUGUCCACACCCUUGGACCUGUAGAGGAGGGGCAUGGAGGACCGCGCUACGAGACCAUGCAAUGCUUCGCCCUGACCCAGCCCAAGGCCAUGAUAGAAGAGGGGGAAGACCUGCAGUCGUGUAUGAUCUGUGUGGCCCGUCGUGUGACUGCUGUGGAGAGAACAGAGAGCUUCAACACCCGACACGAGCUCUCAGGUAAGCUGAUCCAGAUAGACCAGAACUCGCUGCGUGCGUCCAUGCGUCCUGGCUGGGAGGACCUGCUGAGGCGCUGUAUCCAGAUGUUUCUACAGCACAGUGACGGACAGCCCUGGUCCCACAAACGCCAUUACCACGAGGCCUUCCUGCAGGGUCACGCUGAGACCCCCCUGUACCACUUCUCCCUGUCGGACGGCACCCCUGUCACAGCCCAGACCAAGAGCAAGCUCUACCGCCACCCCAUGAGCAAUGAACCCCAGGGCUUCAUCUCCACUCACCUGCUACAGAGGGAGCAGAAUGGCUAUCGCUCUGCCCAGAGUGGGAGCAUGAUGCCAGGGCCUAUGAGGCCUCAGGGCAUGGGGGGCCCUAACCCCAACGCCCAGAUGAACAUGCCCCCUGGCGGAGGGAUGGGGAUGGGGGGUAUGAACCGGGGCUAUGGUCCCAUGAAUGAACAGAGCCACAUGGGACAGAUGGGAGGGGGCUCAAUGUACGGAGGAAAUGGAGGUGGAGGUGGCGGUGGCGGGGGAGGCAUGGGCAACAGAAUGAUGCAGAUGAAUCAGAUGAAUCAAAUGAACCAUAUGGGCCAGAUGAACCAAAUGAAUCAGAUGGGUCAUCAGAUGAACCACCCGGGUCCAGGGAACCACCCAGGCAUGCAGCACCCCCAGCACCCACAGCAGCCCCCCUUCCAGAGCAGUGGGGGGUACGGACUUGGGGGUAUGAACAGCCCCUUGGGGAGCCCCCGGAUGAGUGGCCCCCAGCAGGGGUUCCUGAUGUCCCCCCGAAAUCGAGGCAGCCCCAAGAUGGGCGCCAGUCAGUUCUCUCCUGGAGGCAUGCACUCCCCCAUGGGUCCUCAUGGAGGAGGUGGUGCGGGAGGAGGUGGCACCUCCUUCUCUAGCAGCUCCCUCAACGCCCUGCAGGCCAUCAGCGAGGGGGUCGGGAGCUCCCUCCCCUCGACCCUCGCCUCCACCUCCCCGGCCCACAAACCAGACAGCUCCCCCAGCAUCCACUCCUCCUCUCAUUCCUCCCAGCCCAGCCAGCCGGCCAAACCAGGCCCAGACGGCUCCAAAAGCCCACCUGGGCCCGGCGAGCACCACCACCCCCUCCACCAUCACCACCACCACCACCCACACACCCAGGCCGAGAGCUGCGUAGACAGGUUGGACAGCCAGGCCACGGCAGGCAGCAAGGAGCCUGGAGAGGGGGCCAGUGAGGCUGGGGUGGCCAGCUCAGAACCCACCCGGAGAGUCCCAGACAGUAAGGGCCAUAAGAAGCUGCUGCAGCUGCUUACCUCCCCAACUGAGGAGCUGGGGUUAGGGGGAACUGGUCCGGCCUUGCCCUCUAUACCUCCCCCACCAGGCAGAAGCAACACCCCAGCAGGGUCCGACACUAAGGACCCCACAGGAGGCAUGACCAGCCCUUCCUCUACCGGAGUCUCCUCCUCUUCCUCUGCCUCCACCAAUCAGGGCCAGGCGUCAGGCCCAGGUGGCGCGGCUCUGGCCAAUGCUCUCGCCUCGGCCCACUACACGGCGUCGCUGCAGGAGAAGCACAAGAUCCUCCACAAGCUGUUGCAGAACAGCAACACGCCCGACGAGGUGGCCAAGAUCACGGCCGAGGCCACUGGGAAGGUGACCCUGGGAGGCCAGGAGGUCCCAGGGGAGACGGGGGCUGGGGGAGGAGGAGCAGGAGGAGUGACCGAGCCCAAGCAGGAGCAGCACAGCCCCAAGAAGGAGAAGACCCACGCGCUCCUCCACUACCUCCUCAACAAGGACGACACUAAAGAGCCAGUGGACGUGAAGCCCAAGCCUGAGGAGCUGGAAGGAAAGGGGCCCCCAGGAGCCACUGCCGGCCCCCCAUCCAGAGGUCCUGGACCCACCCCUGAACACCCAGAGAGCAAGAUCAAGUCAGAGCCGCCUGAUGAGUUGGAGAACCUGGAGUCCAUCCUGGGAGGUCUGAGGGGUUCUGGCUCUGACUUCUACCCCGAGCAGGGAGGAGGAGGGGCUAACGAAGGAGGGAACAAGGCCCAGGGUUGCCUCGAUGACAACCUGCAAGGGAGUCCGGGGAUGGCCCCUGGCCCACAAGGGCCCUUCCAGAGGGCCAUGUCAGUGGACGCCAAGCCCCCCGGGGGUCCUGGAGGGGCGGGGAGGCGCCCCUUGCUCAUCAAACAGGAGAAUAUGUUAGGCAGCCCAGAUGGAUACCCAGAGAACAUGGGUGUGUGUCCGCGAGGCAUUGGAACAAGGCCGAUGAACAGGGGCAUGGGGGUUCCCCAGCGCUCUCCCAUGGGGGGGUCAGGGGAUUGGGGGAUGCCCCGCUCCAGCGCCAGCCCCGUGGGCUCAGCCGGUCACCCCUCUAUGAUCCGCCCUGGCAUGGACUACAACUCCAAAGGCAUGAUGGGAGGUCCCAUGAUGGGCAGGUCCAACAGUGUUCCUGGCACCAGAUCCAUGCUGCAGCAACAGUUGAUGGACUUGGGAUGUUCUGGUGAGAUGGGGAUGAGUCCGUUCAGUCAGCAGGGCCAGCCCAACCAAUCUCCCUCCUGGCCUGACAGUGUGAUGGGCAGGGAGGGCAACCACAACAGGCGUCAGUUUGGGAACGCCCUCGACGAGCUCCUUGCUCCGCCCACCACCAGCGAGGGCCAGAGUGACGAGCGGGCACUGCUGGACCAGCUGGACUCUCUGCUCAACAACACGGAUGGCAUCGCCCUGGAGGAGAUCGACCGAGCCCUGGGCAUCCCUGACUUGGUCAGCCAGGGCCAGGGGCCAGAGCAGCACGGUGAGCCCUUCCCUGGCCAGGACCCCUCCAUGGUGCUGGAGCAGAAGCCUCUGUACGGCCAGGGCUACCCCGGUCCCCCCUCCAUGGCCAUGCAGUCAGCCUACGGGGGGAGCCCCAUGCAGGGCCAGCCCCAGCAGGGGAGCUUCGGCCCCAUGCUCUCCCAGAUGGGCCAGGGGGGCAGCUUCGCGGGGAUGGGGGCGAUGGGGGGUAUGGGUCACCCCCGCGCCAACAUGAUGAGACCCAGGAUGAUGAGCGCCACCAAACCCAUGAGGCUCCAGCUGCAGCAGAGAUUACAGGGCCAGCAGUUUAUGAGUCAGACUCGGCAGGGGAUGGCCAUGAAGAUGGAGAACCCUGGAGCGGGCAACCCUGGCAUGAGGCCGGGAAUGCAGCCUGGCAUGGGGGCACAGCCUGGCUUCCUGAAUGCCCAGAUGAUGGCCCAGCGUAGCAGGGAGAUGGUGACCAUGCAGAUGAGGAGACAGAGGAUGAUGAUGCUAAUGCAGCAGCAACAGCAGCAGGCAGCAGCAGCCGCCGCCGGGGGGUUCAGCCCCCCUCCCAACGUCACCGCCCCCGCCGGCAUGGACACCCCCAUGGGAGGCCCCAACAUGGGCCAGCCGGGCCCCCAGCAGUUUGGCUACGGGGGAAACUACGGCAUGGCCCAGCAGGGUGACCCGUCGUUUGGCCCUGCGGGCGGCAGCCCCCCCAACACCAUGAUGCCAGGCCGCCUGGGUCCUCAGAAUCCCAUGAUGCAACAGCAUCCCCAGGGCGGACCCAUGUACCAGAGUGCCGAGAUGAAGGGCUGGUCGCAGGGAGGCAUGGCCCGCAACAGUGCGUACCCCCAGCAGCAGUUUGCCCAACAGGGUAACCCGGGGCAGCAGCAGUUUGCCCAACAGGGUAACCCGGGGCAGCAGCAGUUUGCCCAACAGGGUAACCCGGGGCAGCAGCAGUUUGCCCAACAGGGUAACCCGGGGCAGCAGCAGUUUGCCCAACAGGGUAAUCCGGGGCAGUACGGGGGCAUUAUGAUGAACGGGGGCAUGCCUGCCAACGGAGGAGGGGGCCAUAUGGGCCAGAUGGGGAUGAGCCCCAUGGGGAUGGGACGUAUGCCGAUGGGGCCUGAUCAGAAAUAUUGCUGAACCUGAGACAGAGGCGUGUGGUGUAACAGAAACAGACUCAAUGUGAUCCCUUUCAGAGAGAGGAGUGCAGUGCUGUGUGUGCAGGACCAGACGUGUGUGUGUAGUAUUCUACUCCCACCAGUUGGGGGUGCUGUUCCUCUGAACUCGAGGACAGUCUCACAAAACAAGACCGAGGACACUCUCUAUUCUACAAGCACUUACUUGAGACACGCCAUGACCCACACACACACACAAAAACAUUCAUGUAUGUAAAGCAGAGACACACUGUGACACACACACAAACUGACAGAAACACAACUGUUUAAUUCCUCCAUCAGUCUUUAGUGAUGUAGUUUCAUUAGUCCUCUCUCUGGGUUCUAUGUCUCUGUACUGGACACACGCCACUCGCUGGACCAAACAGACUGAAGCGGACACACACACCUAAUAAUGAUCUGGCUCUGACAGACAUGGACGGACGGACGGACGGACAGAUGGACAGACAUGAGAAGACAUCCUCUCGUGGGACGUAACUAGCAUCAUGCUGUGUUCACCCCUGGGUAUGGGAAUUCUCUCUCUGCUUCGGAACGCUGGAGGAAGACAGAAUUUCCCAAUUCUGGUCCUGGAGGGCCACUGUGUAUGCAGGCCUGGCAUCCCAUCCGGUCUCUGAAUCCACUCUUAAUGAAUGACAUAAUACAUAAGAUGUAGUCCAUUGCUGGAGAAGGUGGGAGUUGCUUGUAAUCACUGACACAGGGUCAGCUAUUUUCACAUCCCCCUAAUAGUUAAGAUUAGGGACCCUGAUCCUAGAUCUGUGGUCAUGGGCAACUUCUACCUCUAUAAGCUAAAUUACUAUACUGAUGAGCAGGCCUGUAGUCAAUGAACAACUCAGAAGUAAGUCAUUGAUAGUCAGCAUACAUACACAGUGAUCCUGCAGGAGACUGGGUUAAGGUAUGACAGAAAUAAAUACUAGUUGGUUGUGAUUGCACUUUACGGAAAGGCUGUCGUCAAAAGGAUUGUGGCAAUAUUUCUUGGUCAUAGAGGCCUUUACCCAAGAACGAAUGCAUAACAGAAAAUCAUGUUUUGUUUUUGUGUGUGUUGGAGGAUGGGGACUAUUUUGAUUGGAAAUGGAUUACCGUGACGAUCAUUAUUCUAAAUGAUUAACCAAUGGAAAGGCAGUAAGCACAGAUUGUUAUAGUGUUAAAGUGUUAUAGAACACUUUCUUCUGCAGUGUGUUGAUUAUGGGGAUGUUAGUGGAUUAAAAAGGUUCUGAUUAUUAAAGUAGAUCCUUAUAAUGUACUGACCUAUUUCAGAGGGCACAAUUACCCGCAUAUUUAUACAACUAUUCAUAAAUGUAAAUGAGCAUUUAAAAAAAAAAGUAUAUUGUAUUUUUGAGGAAUUCGUAAGAUUUACGUUCUUGGUUACCUCAUGGAACACUUGAUAGCAAUUUUUGCCAGUUAUUGAAUGAGUUAAUUCCUAAAGUAAUCCACACACUGUGAAAGGAAGGGUUUCCCCGAUUUUAGUGUACGUUUAUGCAGAUUUCUAGCAAUAAUCUUUUCUCUUGGUUCUCCUGUGAGGGCAAAGUGAAGCAUAAUUUACUCAAAGUCAAAGCGAUGGUACUCCAAUAUUAGGAUGCGACUCAUCUCGUUUGGAAUUUUUUAUUUUGUCUGUGAAUACAAAUUGUAUAUACGCUUCAAAUGUAUUAUAUAUAUAAAUAUAUGCUUUUGUAGGUCACAUACUGUUUUUGCACAGAUUGUAAGGCUUGAUAUUUAAAGUAUAAUUUUCUUAUUAUGUCGUAGGUCAAAACAGCUUUUAUUUUCAAUACUUCAACCAUGGGCGAAAAGGAAGGGGCUAUUUCUUUGAUCAAUACUGAAAUAUUUUGGCUCGAUUUCUCUCAGAAAGCUACAACUGCCACUUUUAUUCUCUUAGAAUGCACUUUUAUGCUGGGUUGUGGUGGUCAGUUUUACUGUAUGUGGGCUUUUGAGUUAGUCUUGAUCACUGCGGUUAGUUCUAUUUGUGGCUUUGCUUUUUCAAUAGGAAGAGUCAGCUCAUAUUGACUCCCUCUCUUUCUGUCUGGUCUUUUAAGGUUAUUUUGGGAUAUUUUACAUGGUUUUAUGUUGAACCUUGAUUUUGCCUUUACUUUGUAGUAUUUUCUGUGAAGCUUUGUGAGAAAUCGUUUAAUACAUGCUCAAUCCAAAGAUAUAUAUUUUUGUCAUUCUGCAGUGCUUAGAAACCGGUUGUAGAAGGUGCAAGUACUCUACUCGUGUGCAUUUCUUUGCUGCGUUUCUCUACAUAGAAUCUGUUUUUAUUUUUGUGUGUAUUCCCAUUCAUACACAACAUGGAGUUAACAUGGGUCUGAUUUUUGCUGAAGUGAUUUGAAUCUUGUUUGUAAUUGUUGAUUUUAAUUUUCUUGAUUUUAUCUCUUAUAAUGUAUGGCCAGUUCAAAGUUGUGGUGCUGGAAAUGGUUCUUUCAUGAGAUUGACCACUCAGAAAAUAAGCUCUUUUAAUGGCACGAACCUGAGGUAGAAGACUACCGUGUGACGAUAAGAGACUAUCCCAUGGACUCUAAACUAUUUAUAAUGGCUUCAAUGCUGAAGAUGGCUAUCUAUCUUUUAACACAAUGGAGAAUGUCUUUAAGCUGUUUUAUGGAAACUUCAUUACAUCAUGGAAUAGCCUAGAGUGAAUUUCUUGUUUGUCUUGAUGAAGUAUAUAAAAAAAUAUUUGCCUACUGAAUAUUCAAAAUAACUGUGCUUUUGCAACAACAAAAAAACAUCCUCUUGAUGUAUCUAUCCUUUGAUUAAAAUGAAAAGGGGGGGAAGAAAAUAUAACACAUGGGGGGGGGGGUAAUAAUUUCAGGAUGUAAAUUAAUGUCGCAUUUUUUCUUACUUGUUUCUUGAUGUUAAUAUUGAUGUAAAUACAAAUUUAUAUUUAAACAUUA